CCCGCGUUACGCCAUUUUGAAAUGCUGGGAGAGGCAGAGGCGAGGGAAAUCUCAAAGUAGAGAGCAAAGUCUGUAAUUCAGUAACUGAAGAUUGUAGUUUACUUUCUUUGGCUGAAUCUGUUUCGUGUUUUCUUUAUCAACUGGGCCGACGACUUGUACGGCCUUUGUCGGAGUUUCCAUAGCAACAGUCCCUGGUUUGUUCCUUCCAACUGCUCCCCGGUCAGAACCAACUGCCGACCCGGGUCAGUUGCUCCAUUUCGGGGCCCGAGCCCGCUACAGAGAUACCCUCAUGGCAGGAGCCGGUGGUGGGACCAGUGAUGUGCAGUGGUGCUUCUCCCAAGUCAAAGGAGCGAUAGAUGACGAUGUCGCUGAAGCUGACAUCAUUUCUACUGUUGAAUUCAACCACUCUGGGGAGUUGCUGGCUACGGGGGACAAGGGGGGUCGUGUUGUCAUCUUUCAGCAGGAGCCAGAGAGUAAGAAUCAGCCGCAGUGCAGAGGAGAGUACAAUGUUUACAGCACCUUCCAGAGCCACGAGCCUGAGUUUGACUACCUGAAAAGCCUCGAGAUCGAGGAGAAGAUCAACAAGAUCCGAUGGCUGCCUCAGAAAAACGCAGCACAGUUCCUUCUGUCUACAAACGAUAAAACCAUAAAGCUGUGGAAAAUCAGUGAGCGGGACAAGAGACCAGAAGGCUACAAUUUGAAGGAGGAGGACGGGCGAUACAGAGAUCUCAAUACUGUCACAACACUACGGGUACCGGUGUUCAGGCCCAUGGACCUGAUGGUGGAAGCGAGCCCUAGACGAGUGUUUGCGAAUGCUCACACCUACCACGUCAACUCCAUCUCCGUCAACAGUGACUGUGAGACGUACCUGUCAGCGGACGACCUACGCAUUAACCUGUGGAACCUGGAGAUCACCGAUCGCAGCUUCAAUAUUGUUGACAUUAAGCCAACCAACAUGGAGGAGCUGACGGAGGUGAUCACAGCGGUGGAGUUCCACCCCAACCAGUGCAACACGUUUGUCUACAGCAGCAGCAAGGGCACCAUCCGCCUGUGUGACAUGAGGGCAUCGGCACUGUGUGACAAGCACGCCAAACAGUUUGAAGAGCCGGAGGAUCCAAACAACCGUUCGUUCUUUUCUGAGAUCAUCUCGUCCAUCUCUGAUGUAAAGUUCAGCCACAGCGGACGCUACAUGAUGACCCGCGACUACCUGUCCGUCAAGAUCUGGGAUCUCAACAUGGAGUCCCGGCCAGUAGAGACCUAUCAGGUGCAUGAAUAUCUCAGGAGUAAAUUGUGUUCCCUCUAUGAGAACGACUGCAUCUUCGACAAGUUUGAGUGCUGCUGGAAUGGCAACGACAGCGUUGUGAUGACCGGUUCCUACAACAACUUCUUCCGGAUGUUUGACCGAGGCUACCGUCAGGACGUAACCCUGGAGGCAUCGCGGGAGAACAGCAAGCCGCGGUCGGUCCUGAAACCUCGCAAAGUAAGCACGGGUGGGAAGCGCAAAAAGGACGAGAUCAGUGUAGACAGUCUGGACUUUAACAAGAAGAUCCUCCACACUGCCUGGCAUCCUCUGGACAACAUCAUCGCUGUGGCCACCACCAACAAUCUGUACAUAUUCCAGGAAAAACUGAACUAGCGUUCGUUGCUGAACCGCUCUGAUGUCAGUUCCCGCUUGAGCCGCACUGCUCUGAUACACGCAUUACAAACGACAUCGGUCCGUCUUUUGGCUAAAUCCCCGAUCUGCCGUCAGUGACUUUAGUUUUGAAAGGGACAAGACUCACUCCGUCAACAGUAAACAGUGGCAUUAACACAGUACAUCCAGGCAACACAUUCUCAUGAACGUAUGAAAACUUAUGCACAACAAUUCGUAUGAUAUCCCACUAAAUUACAGCGAGCGCCGGCUUAACUGGCGCGGGACGGCCGGUCACAAAACGGUUAAAGGUCCCAUGGCAUGA